UGCUGCUGCCUGACAAGAAGGUCUCUGAAAAUGAGAAAUGUGUCAACUGUCCACGGGCAGCAGCAGGCCCCGCCGAUGCAGCCUGCACAGCAACAACAGUUUUCUCAGCCGAUGAUGUCCGCGCCACAACAAGGGAUCCCAAUGCAGAUGCUCGAGCCGAAUCCAGUGCAACAGCGUUUGCCGGUGGACUAUGUCAACGGAGUGCUCAGCCUGAAGGGCAGUAUGCUGUCCAAAAAGGCUUUCGGUUACGGAGCCCUUGCUAAUCAGGAGAAUGAGUCUCCGGUGGCUGGGAUGAAGUACACGCCGCAGACGAGCGAGCAGGGUCUCCAAAUGCAACCAGCCGCCGAGUUGCAGCCGCAGGGGCAGCCUCAGGAGCAGCCACAGGAGCAGCAGCCGCAGCCGUCCCAGCAGUCGCCGCAGAACAUGGUUCAGGUUGAAAACAUCGCCAAUCUGAGGUCAUCUCCGGUAGCUUACAGACCCCUUGUUCACUCGCAGAUGAAUGAGGUCAAAUCGAAUCGUCCCAGCCAGCUAUUCCCGGCCCCCCAUCUUUUCCAGCCGCCGUUUGUACCGCUUCCGACGGCAGUAAAGCCGGCGGCGGAGGUCCCGGAGCCAGUGCCCACCCAGGAGCAGUUUGAGUUGCUGAAGCAAUUGGCCGAGUUUUUCUCACAGCGGCAGCUGCAGCAGCAGCAACUGCAUCAGGACAUGGCCUUCGCCAAGUCGGACAGCAAGGAUGUCUGUGCGGAGGAGACCACAACUGCCGCAAGUGUUCCGGAAACCAGCGCGCCGGCCGAGUCAGUAUCGGUGGACGUAAAGAACAAAGCGGAGACGACCACGAAAGCGGCAGAAGCCACGACACCGGGGCCCAAAGCCACCUGCGCUCCGAGCCCCAAAGCCCAAGACGUCAAGACCACCAAAGCCACGACCCAGAAACCCACGAAAGCCACUACCAAAAAGUUGCCCUGUUGCACAAAGUCACCCAACGCCAAUGUGAUUAGUUUCUCGCUGAAUAUCCAGAACGAUGACAUCAAUGGCUCCAAGCUGCUGCAGCCCAGCCCUCGUCGCAGUGGUCGGCAUGCGAUUCAGCCCGAUCUGCGGAUUAGUGCCAUAGCCAACUUGCUUAAGUAUCGGGCCAAGAGGGCCGAAAGUAAAGCUCAAGAUCAAAGCUACAAGAGUUCCAUUAAGAGGCGAAGACACGAGCCAGAGCAUGAGGCCCCCAGGCAUCGGAGGGUGUUGGACAGAAGCGAAUUGCUCGAAGCCGAGCUCAAGAUCUGGCCCACAAGCUUCAGAGCUAAUAGAUCUUUUUCCCGGAAUGUUUAAUUAAUAAUUUUUAUAUUAAUUUAA